AUGACCGACUUCUGUUCCCAAUCAUUAAUGAAGAUAUCAACAUUAGAAUCAAGCCUACCGAAUGAAUUGUAUGAUUUCAUUUUUAUCUAUUUAAAAUCUAUUGAUAUUAUUUAUUCGUUUUACAAUUUAAAUGAUCGGUUUACUAAUCUGGUUUAUCCAUUUUUAUGUGCAAUAGAUUUAUCCGAUGUUGAUGAAUGUGCGUUGAACAAACAUUUUCAAACAAUUUUACCAAAAAUUCAACAUUAUAUCAAAGCAAUUAAGAUUGAUGAUAAAAAUCUUGACAACGUUUUUCCAUUAUCGUUAUAUUCAAAAAUAUAUCCGAAUCUUGAAUCAGUUUUCAUAACUCGAGUUAAGAAGGAUGGAAAAUAUUUAUCAUAUUUAAAAUUGUUUAAACAAUUAUUAAAUUUAAAAAUUUAUUUUGAUGUAGGAGAAAGUAACGAACCUGUAUCAAAUCAAUUCUUUUCAAAUUUACUUCAAUCUGAUUGUCGCGUACAAAUAGUAGUUUUCCAUAAAUGA